UUUUUGAAAAAUCUCCUCGGAUGUGCGCUUCUGUGCAACUCACCCGACGGUAUAGUUAACGGCGUGACGACGUGGCAGGAGGGCCCGACAUGCUUACACGUGGAGAGACGCAAUUGUGUGGAGCUACCACUACGCCGCGAUGACGUGGCGUGCUUCUCGAAAGUGGGAGGUCAGUCAGUCGGUCAUCGCCUAGGCUAUAACUCGGGGCAACUCGUAUCCUUCUUGCAAGCUUCGGCGUCGACUCAGUCUCGGACUCGGACUCGAUCUCUCUCUCUCUCUCUCUCUGGGGUAAGAGCUUUGGCGGCGGCGAUGAAGUUGAAGCUGACCCCUCAGCUCGCGCUAGCGGCGGCUCUGCUGCUGAUUAGCAGCUUCGCUUCCCAGAUCCAAGCUUCUGAUGUGACUUUCUACGAGUCGUUCGACGAGAGCUUCGACGGACGUUGGAUUGUGUCUGGCAAGGAGGACUACAAAGGUGUAUGGAAACGCACCAAAAGUGAGGGGCAUGAUGAUUAUGGCCUUCUUGUUAGUGAGAAGGCCAGAAAAUAUGCAAUUGUGAAAGAGCUUGACGAAGCUGUAAGUCUCAAGGAUGGGACCGUCGUUCUACAGUACGAGGUCCGACUCCAAAAUGGCCUUGAAUGCGGUGGUGCCUACCUGAAGUACCUCAGACCCCAGGAUGCUGGAUGGAAGUCUGAUGAAUUUGAUAAUGAGUCUCCUUAUUCCAUAAUGUUUGGACCCGACAAAUGUGGCUCAACAAACAAGGUCCAUUUCAUUUUCAAGCACAAAAACCCAAAGACUGGGGAGUAUGUUGAGCACCAUCUGAAGAACCCUCCCUCUGUGCCUUCUGACAAACUCUCUCAUGUCUACACUGCAAUACUGAAACCCGAUAAUGAGUUGAGGAUAUUGAUAGAUGGGGAGGAAAAGAAUGCGGCAAAUUUCUUGUCAUCCGAAGAUUUUGAGCCGCCUCUCAUACCAGCCAAGACCAUUCCUGACCCAGAUGAUAAGAAGCCUGAGGACUGGGAUGAGCGGGCAAAGAUCCCAGACCCAGAUGCAGUGAAGCCUGAUGACUGGGAUGAGGAUGCUUCGAUGGAAAUCGAAGACGAAGAAGCUGUUAAGCCUGAGGGGUGGUUGGAUGACGAGCCUGAGGAAAUCGAUGAUCCUGAAGCUACAAAGCCUGAGGAUUGGGAUGAUGAGGAAGAUGGUGAAUGGGAAGCACCUAAGAUUGAUAAUCCCAAGUGUGAGACAGCUCCGGGAUGUGGCGAGUGGAAGAGGCCGAUGAAAAGGAACCCUGCUUACAAAGGGAAGUGGCACGCUCCUCUAAUUGACAACCCUAAUUAUAAGGGCAUCUGGAAGCCUCGGGACAUCCCAAACCCUGAAUACUUUGAGCUUGACAAACCUGAUUUUGAGCCUAUAGUAGCCAUCGGUAUUGAGAUCUGGACAAUGCAGGAUGGCAUAUUGUUUGACAACAUUUUAAUCACCGCUGAUGAGAAGGUCGCAGAGUCAUACCGCAAGACUGCAUGGAAACCUAAAUUUGAAGCUGAGAAGGAGAAACUGAAAGCUGAAGAAGCAGCAGCUGGUUCAGAUGGCCUCUCAGACUUCCAGAAGAAAGUGUUUGACCUUCUCUACAAGGUCGCAGACGUUCCUUUCUUGGAAGCACACAAACCUAAGAUCUUGGAUCUCAUUGAGAAGGCAGAGAAACAGCCCAACAUAACCAUCGGUGUACUUGUCUCUGUUGCGGUGAUUAUAUUGACGAUCUUUUUCAAAAUCCUAUUCGGUGGCAAGAAACCAAAGCCCAAUGUCCCGGAGGCGCGGAGUGAACCUGCUGCUGAGACUUCAGAUAAUCAAGGUAGCCGGGAAGAGAAGAGGGAAGGUGUGGAGGAGGAGGAGGAGGAGGAGAAGGAAGAUGCAGCUGCCGCUCCUCGCAGGAGGUCACGGAGGGAAACUUAAAGAGCAGGGAAAUGUCGCCACAUGAUACGAUUGUAUGUUUGGAUUUCUUGAGUUUCAUAAAUUUUUAGUAGAUAGUGGGCGUCAAUUUUCUGUUAUAUUGAGUUAUCGAAGUCUAAUGUACUGUAUUCCUUUGGUAUUUUGAUGUCAACACUAUUUUGAGAGGUACUCUUACGUAGAGAACUUAAGCAGAGAAGAACUUCGCAUUCCCCUCGCCCUGGGCAUGCAUCAUUUUUAUCGUGUGAGAUGAUUUCGAAAGUCUAUUCUGCUAAGUGAGACAAGUACCUGUGACUUCUGUCAAUAGAAAUCUAUUGCGAUA